AGUAAGAAAGAAAAACAAGUGCAUUUAGCAAAAUCAGUGUUUGUUUGUUUGUUUAAAAUUGAAGUUGGAAGAAAAAAUGUCUUCGGAGCAAGCGAGGAGAGAGAAUCAUGUGAGAGAUGAGAGGAAGAUUGAGGUGGAGAAAGAUCGAGUUCCCAAAAUGACAACCCAUUUCGAAUCUCUUGCCGAGAAAACCAAAGGUGACCAAGAUACCCUUCCUCAUCAUCAUCAUGUCGAGAGGGUCUCUGUACCUGUCCGAGUUGGAGGCGUCCAGUACUCCUCCUCCGUUGAGUCUCAUGAUGAAUCCGACAAAAUUGGUCCCCACAAGGAAGACAAACAAGCACCACCUUCGUUGGAGGAGAUUUCAAAAAUGAGAGGGGCUGCCCAGCAGAACUCACUUGAGGCAAUCAGAGCCGCCGAGGACCGCUACAAUAAGGCUAAAGAUCAAACCACCACCGGCCACGGCCAGGCUCAGGGUGGUGGUGGGAUUCAGACUCGGACUCAGACUCAGACCAAUAAGGGCGGCGGAGGAGCUUUUAUGGAGAAAACCCAACAGCAGCCGCAGGAGGCUAAAGAUGUCAUUUCAUCUCAAGGCCACCAACCAAAAGAUGUCACCGCACCAAAGGCUGCUGCUGCUGCUUUGAUGGAGAAAACCCAACAGGCCAAAGAGUAUGCUGCACACAAGGCCACGGAGGCUAAAGAUGUCAUUUCGUCUAAGAGUGGAACUGCUAUGGAAAAAGCUCAACAAGCGAAGGGUGUUAUUGCACCCAAGGCUGCAGCUCUGAAGGACAUUGCACUCGAAAAGGGGCAAACUGCCGCUCAAUACGCUGCAGAAAAAGCAAAGGCAGCUAAAGACACUGCAGUUGACACUAGUAUGGUUGCAGCACAGUAUGCAGGGGAGAAGGCGGUGGCGGCAAAGGAUGUGACCGUGGAGAGCGGCAAAGGGGCGGCAGGUUAUGCUGGGAAAGUGGCUGUGGGUGUGAAGGACCAGGCUGUGGUGGCUGGAUGGGGGGCGGCGCAUUAUACCCUGGAGAAGGUGGCCGAGGCGACAAAGACGGUCGCGGGUGUUACAUCGAGUGUUGCAGGGUAUACGGGGGAGAAGGCUGUUGUGGCUAAGGAUAAGGUUGCUGGUGUGGGGCAGACUGUUGUGGGUUAUGCUGGUGAUACUAUUGCUGCUGUUAAGGAUGCUGUUGUCUCCACUGAAGAAAAGGCCGCUGAGUUUACCGCUAGGAAGAAGGCCGACGCUGAGAAAGAACUAUCAGAAGAAAUCCAAGUGUUUUGGGGUGAAGGUGGAGAAGCCUUUCCAGGCAAAGAAGAGCAUGGAACACGAGGGAAAACCGAAACUGAGUCGGAGAAAGUCAAGGAGUACUCUCACGGAGGAGGGGGAGAAGAAUGGGGACAAAAGAUACAACACGAAGAAUCAGAUGAACAAGAACAACAAGGAGGCGGAGGCGGAGGGGGUGGUGUGUUCCAAGCGAUUGGGGAAACUAUAGUGGAAAUUGGACAGACGACUAAGGAUCUUCUUGUUGGACAGUACCCAUCUGCUGAUGUUAUGGAAAAGCCUCGACAUGAAUCAAAAGGCGAUCCACAACCUUAUGCUGGUGCUGGUGAAGGCAUCUAGACUACGUUUUUUUGAGUAAGCAUUUACUUCCAAACUUCGUCUACGGAGUGGACUCCUUUUGUUGAAAAAAUAAAUAAAGAUGUUGGGUGUGUUGUGAUGUAUGGGUUUGUGUUAAUUAAUGUCUUGUAAAUCGAGUUGCAUUUGAGUACAUUUUGGUUUUUGUUGAAGAAUCUCUUUCACUUGUCAGGGCAAUGUGUUUUCUUGGUUCUUUCUUCCGUGACAAAACUUUGCAGUGAAAGUACUAAUGAAUAAUCUGCUGAUUUAUUUUU